CAGUAUCUCAGCGAUUUAGAAAUGACGUCUUUGGUGUCCUGCGCUUGUUUCUUAAUUUCAUUCGCUUGGUUUGUCCCAAGCAAUGCUCUUUAUUUUCAUAUAGGAGAGACUGAGAAAAAAUGUUUUAUUGAGGAAAUACCGGAUGAGACCAUGGUUAUAGGGAAAUACAGGACCCAGCUAUGGGACAAGCAAACCAAUUCUUAUCUCCCGUCAACCCCUGGUUUAGGGAUGCACGUUGAGAUUAAGGAUCCUGAUACCAAGAUCAUUCUGUCCCGUCAGUAUGGUUCAGAUGGACGUUUCACAUUCACUUCCCACACACCAGGCGAACAUCAGAUCUGCUUACACUCCAAUUCCACCAAGAUGGCACUCUUUGCUGGAGGCAAACUGAGAGUACACCUGGACAUUCAAGUUGGAGAGCAUACCAACAACUACCCCGAGAUAGCAGCCAAAGAUAAGUUGACGGAGCUGCAGCUGAGAGUGAGGCAGCUUCUGGACCAGGUAGAGCAGAUCCAGAAGGAGCAGAACUAUCAGCGGUACCGGGAGGAGCGUUUUCGCAUGACCAGUGAGAGCACAAACCAACGUGUUCUCUGGUGGUCCAUUGCUCAGACCUUCAUCCUCAUCAUCACCGGAAUCUGGCAAAUGAGACAUCUCAAGAGCUUCUUUGAGGCCAAGAAGUUGGUGUAGACUCCACGAGAUGCACAGAAAGACAGACAGACAGACAGACAGACAGAUGCUUUUGUUACAUGAGCUGCAGUUUACAGCUUAUGUGAGCUCCACAGCAGAGACAAUUCCCUGGAUCUGGUGCUUGUGCCUGUGUGAUAUCGGGGUCUUUUAUUUUUGGGGCUCUGUAUUUUAUUUCAAAAUGUUCAGUCAGCUCCAGCUCAUAUGUAUGUAACACACUUUUUCACUCACAGACACACAGUAAGGCUCUGACUAACACUGACUGACAGAUUUAUGGACGGGACAGAAUUUAACUUUAUUCUGACUAAUACUGACGUACUGACGAAUUCACAGACUGCACACAGGAAGAAAUGCCUGAUACAGCGAGACAGAGAAUAUUCAAAUGUAGAAUAUCCGUUCUGCUUAUUUAAUAUUUAAUCCCCAGGCUGAAAAGAGAAGGAUGCUGCCUCUGCAGUGAAGACAACAGCAGGCCCUGUAUUGUAAUGUAGCAAGAUUUAACUGGCACCAGUGUGUAAGGGUAUUGCUAUGAACAAUUCAGAUUCAAGCUCGCUUUCACAGUUCUCAUGGUCAAUUGUAGUGGAUUAAGGACCUUGUAAAAAAUAAAAUUUUAGAGCAUUAGUGUAUUAGGAGUUAACUCUCCCUGGGAUGUCGGUUACUUUAUGUUUGCCUCCUUUUUUACCCUCUGAUGGUAGCUAUACUGUGCUUUAUUUGAGAUGUAGGCUGACUUGCAUUUGUGUACGUGACCUGAAUGUUCCAUCAUCAAUAGAGUUUUUAAUAUAAAUUACCAUUUGAAUAGUACUCCUUCCUGCCAUAAUCAACUUCAUUCACCCUAAACCCAGUCCGUUCCCACUGAACCCAGUCCGUUCCCACUGAACCCAGUCCGUUCCCACUGAAUCCAGUCCGUUCCCACUGAACUCAGUCUACUGUGGCAAAAUGCUUGACUCUAUCUUGUCCUACCUUGAUUUUGAGUUUGCAUAGUUUGCAAGGUAUUCUCACAGAGACAUGCAAGAUGAACAUGUUAUUACUGAGUAUGUAACUCAGACAAACCAACCCGUUUGUCUGCUCUGCAUUUCUUCAACACUCUCAUAAGGAAAUGACGUAUUAUUCCCCCUUGUUCUCUAUUCGUUUAAUUGUGAGUUUAACACAGUCUUUGCGGAAGGUGGGGGCUGAGACCGAAGACAUCAGAUACACUCACUGUGUUUUUACAGUCAUUUUAAGAGUUACUGAAGGUUAUAUUUUUCUGUCAACUAGACUGAUUGAAUCAAGGUCAAUAUCUGAAGAUUAACAUGCACAUUUAAAAUCAUGGAUAGAACUGCUGAAAACCCAAACUUGUCCUACAAGUUAUAUUGUUAUCAGAAGUUUUCACACACACACACAUACACACGUGUUAAACAAAGUGUUUGAAAGGGGACCUUCUGUGUUUGAUCAGAAUAUGUCAAUGUCUGUUACUCUUUGCAGAUUUGCUUAGGGACACAAGAGCAGGUCUUUUUUUUCCUCAUCUGUUUAUCUUUCUGACUUAUUUAUUUUUGAGGUGUCUGUGAUUGCGAAGUUUGAGUAGGUUAAUACUGCAGGGGGCUGACCACUGUUUUAUGUUCUCAUUCUCAUCUGGGAAGUUCAUGGUCCUUAUGGCUAUAACCCCAUCUCACUCUACCAGCUAUGAGCAGUGUAUGUGCAUACGGAUCGUCUCUUGACGAGAGGUCUGUGUGGGAUGAUAAUAUGAUUGUUCAUAUGUACAUAUUUAACAAAAUGGUAAUAACAUUGCCACUAAUUUUUCCACACUAGAUGUACAACAUAUUCUGCUUGCUUGUAUCCAUAGAAACAGUAACAGGGUGAAUGUAGGCCAGACACAUUUGCAGUGGUGGUUUGAGUUCAGUCCGUUGCCCGUCUAAACUGGGCUUGUUUUGUUUGUUUUUCCCAUGUCACAUUCUUCUGUUGAUACAGUGAUUCUGAGAGCUUUGUAAAGAA